AAUCUGAAAUUAAAAAAAUAAUCAUUAAUCAUAUUAUUCACAAUAAUAAUAUGAAUAAAAUAGUAAAUAGUAAAUACUAGAAAAAUAAUGAGUAAAUUGAAAUUUGCAAAGCUUUCAUUACUUAUAAUUUCGUUUUAUUUUAGUUUAGUUCACAGCCAGAUCGAAACAGAAUGGUCCAAAAAAUCUCAUACCAAUAAUUGGGCAGUACUUGUAGACACAAGUAGAUUCUGGUUUAAUUAUAGACAUGUAGCUAAUGUUUUGUCAAUUUAUCGAAGUGUGAAAAGACUAGGAAUUCCAGAUAGCCAAAUAAUUUUGAUGAUUGCUGAUGAUAUGCCAUGUAAUCCUAGAAAUCCAAGGCCGGCCACUGUAUUUAAUAAUGCAAAUCAGCAUAUUAAUGUGUAUGGAGAUGAUGUGGAAGUAGAUUAUAGAGGAUAUGAAGUCACAGUUGAAAAUUUUGUUCGUCUGCUAACUGGAAGACUUCCACCUGGAACCCCCAGGUCCAAACAAUUACUUACGGAUGAAGGUAGUAAUAUCCUCAUCUAUUUAACAGGUCAUGGUGGAGAUGGGUUUUUGAAGUUUCAAGAUUCAGAAGAGAUAACUAGCCAAGAAAUGGCGGAUGCACUAGAGCAAAUGUGGCAGAAGCAAAGGUACAAUGAAAUAUUCUUCAUGUUAGAUACUUGUCAAGCUGCUUCAAUGUAUGAACGAUUUUAUUCACCAAAUAUUUUGGCUGUGGGAAGUAGUUUGGUUGGUGAAGAUUCCUUAUCGCAUCAUGUAGAUCCAGCAAUAGGAGUUUAUAUAAUAGACAGAUAUACUUACUAUGCAUUAGCCUUUUUGGAAAAUGUUGAUGCCGACAGUAAGAGAUCUAUGGCAGAAUUUCUAAAGGUUUGUACCAAAAAAGAAUGUAUAUCAACUGUGGGAGUUAGAAGAGAUCUUUUCAAGAGAAAUCCAAGAGAUGUACCAAUAACUGAUUUCUUUGGAUCAGUUAGACCUGUUGAAGUGAUAAAUAAUGUUAAAAUUGAGCCAAUUAUUGAAACUGUAAAAAAUUCAUCUACAAACCUAUCAAAUAAAAAAUAUAGGUAUAUUCCGCCAUUAGUAAGUUUUGAGCAGUUUUUAAAAUAAAUAUUUCAAUAAAA